AUGUCGUGGGGAUUGCGCGUCUUGCAACUCGCAACAAGACCUCUUUCUCCUCUUUGGCCCCGCCUGGCCAGCAAAACCACGCAAUCCAAGCCACGGCUCAGCUCAGCCCGCUGCGGACAAGUUGCCGCCACCACAGCCCAGUGCAGUGCCGUGCCUCAGACGUCUGAUGCUGCCGUCGUCUCAGGACUGCCACUGGCGAUCGAGUGGAUACUUGGCAUCUACAGCAACUUGCCCAGAGUGCAUACUACAAGAUGUACAAUACAUAGGUUGCAAAUGGACACCAUUCGGUCUGGCGGCUAG